GUCUGAGGGCUUCACUGGGGAGCCUUACUUUGAGUAGGUGGCGUUUUCUUCAACUGUGUCGUAGAGUAUGACAGGCACAAUUGUGUUCUGCUUCUCAAUGGUCACAUUGCCCUUCAGUGGGAAAAGUUAGCUGCUGCUGUGCUCUUUGCGUUAUGAAGGUAUUUGAGGACACUGGUGUGGGCAAAUCGAGUAUUGUGUGGAGAUUUGUAGAAGAUAGCUUUGAUCCCAACAUCAAUCCAACAAUAGGAGCCUCAUUUAUGACCAAGACUGUACAGUAUCAGAAUGAGCUGCAUAAAUUCCUAAUCUGGGAUACAGCUGGACAGGAGCGGUUUCGUGCUUUAGCCCCGAUGUAUUACAGAGGAUCAGCAGCAGCCAUUAUAGUCUAUGACAUCACAAAAGAGGAAACUUUCUCAACGUUGAAGAAUUGGGUGAAGGAGCUUCGGCAGCAUGGACCUCCAAACAUCGUUGUAGCUAUUGCAGGAAAUAAAUGUGAUCUUAAUGAUGUAAGAGAAGUCAUGGAAAAAGACGCUAAAGACUAUGCAGAUUCCAUCCAUGCAAUAUUUGUAGAGACAAGCGCGAAAAAUGCAAUAAACAUUAAUGAACUCUUUAUAGAAAUCAGUCGCAGAAUUCCAUCAACUGACACCAAUCCUCCGUCUAGUGGUAAGGGCUUCAAACUUAGAAGACAGCCAUCAGUGACGAAGCGCAGCUGCUGUUGACUGACUCCUUUAGAAAAUCAGACUUGUUUAUACAGUAGGUGGUCUUGGAAGUUAAUAGUUCACGUUGGGUUUAUAUUAUCAGUCUUAGAUCUUUAUCUGCUGGUGUUCAUACACCCAAGGUCCUGCAGAAAUGGACUGGCUCAUCUGACAUCUGUACACUCGCAGAAAAGACUGCAAUUGUAAUGUCAGCCUGUUUACUUACAGAAAGUGUAGUAUGUCUUGCAUUCAAAGGGAAUCCAUCAUCACUAUUUUGGCCUUGCUUGAAAGGAAUGUGGCUAUAUGGAUGAUAGAACUGAAAUGUUUAAUAGUUUUGUAAUCCAGAUUCUGGGGUUGGUUGUUGGUUUUGGGUGUUUUUUGUAAAAAGGGAAAUGAGCACUUUUGUGGGACUUAGGGAUGGGAUGAGUCUGGAAGGUAGGUGUCAUUUCUUCCUUUUCUUAAAUGUAAUUGUAGUUAGCCCAAGUUAUGAUGGGACAGUUGAUGUGAGGUGGCUACAGAGAAAGCAACUGUAGUACGCAAAUGAGUCCCUCCAGUCCCCGAAUGCCAUUUGCACUUUUUAUUUAAAGAUGAUAUGCACGAGGGAUGGGGACACAAGCAACAGAUCUUAAACCACAGACAAUCUUUCAUGCUGACUUUAAUCACUUUAAGGCAAACUGAUAUGCUUGUAGGCAUCCUUAUGUUCCUGAAAGUUGGAUUUUUUUUAAUAUUCAGAUGGUUGAGGAAAAGUGUUCCAAGUGGUUACUGACUAAAACCAGAUGCUGUAAACAGAUGCUGCCAGUGGUUCUGAUAAUAUCUAAAAGUUUUUGGGGAAAGCUUUUAAUUGCUUGGCAUGUGUAAAGUGUUCAUACUAUAUUUAUGAGACCAGUGUUUAAAGUAUUAUAAAUUAUGUAAAAACAGUUAAAAAAAUGCAAUCUUAACACACUCCUUCCAUUCCACACCUAUGGAUAAACUCCUGGGGAAUUUCCAUCAGGUUUUUUUCCUGCAUUUUACCUGUUCUCACUGUGAGUUCAUCCAGAGGCAGAGUGAAAGUCUUUUAAUCGCAUUUGAAAGGGCCAAUAGGGAAUGCUAUUGGUGCAACAUGAAGUGUCUGUGUUGAACAAGUUUUAACCUCUGGUGUGCCCAGUCUUGCCUGGUUUGGGCACAAAAAUCCAAAUAGGAAGUAACCUUAAGAGAUGGGGUGAUGUAGAUCAUUACCUCUUGCUUCCUGGGCUUUUUCACCUGUGAGGGUUUUAGGAAAUCAUUGUUUAGCUUAUUCUGUAUUGGCUUUAGUAGGCUAUCAAUUAACUAUAGGUUGACCAUACCCACUUGUGCUAUUUUAUUUAUUUUUACUUUUUGUUUCCUACCAGCACUAGUGAGAAACUUUAUACUUUUGAAGAAAAAAACUUGUUAGACUUGGGUAUAUACUAAAAUACACUGAUUAGCUGUAGUAUCAAAACAAGCUCAUGUUGAUGAUGCUUAUUAUUUGUAAUAUGUUUUUUCUAUCGUCUCAAGUAUUUUCUCUGAAAUGUAGAAAGGUUUGUAAGAAAUGAAAAGGACUUGUACUUCAGAUCAGUUUCUAUUAUUGAAUAUUCUUGCAGGCUAUGCAGGAGCAAAACAGGAAAACUCUUACAGUGAGAUUUUGAAAGGGUCCAUAUGUUUUAAUGAAACUUGGUGACUACAUUUUUAUUAGGCUUCUUGCUUACCCCACAUUCUCAGUUAUGUCUUCUUUGUCACAGCUGCACAGGCUGUGUGCUUGUGGGCCUUAAGAAGGCAUCACAUAGCAGAGAUGGACUUGUGUUUGGUGUUCAGCCUGAAGUAUGAUUUUUUUUGAGGUUCCUCCCCCUGUUAUUUGAAGUAAAUAACCAUGAACAGAAAUAUACAGUACUCCUAUAAAAUACUUGAUGGAAAUAUAAUUAGUAAAGAAAGAGUAAGCUUGUUCUUGGGUGUAUUAAUUACUUUUUAAAAAAUUGAAAGGUUAGCAAUAAAUGUAGAGCUUUCAGUGUCAGUCAUGGGAAUUCCAGUUUCUUUAAAACAUCUCAAGUCUUACUCCUAGCAAAUUUUUGAAAGAUAAAUUGUGUAGUUGUGUAAUUCAGCUAGGUUUUUUAAAACUUUUUGUGUUCAAUGUUUCAGAAGUCUGCUCUAUACCAGGUGCUUUAGUAUCUUAACUGAGAUACAGAAGAUACUGCCUUUGUUAAACUUGGCUGGUCAUAAAUCUGGAAGUUCUUUACCUUGGAAAGAUCAUGGUAAAAGGAGAGUCUCAGAUAUUUGGAAUAUCUUCAACAUAAUUUAGUAGAAAAGGGAAUUUCAGUCUUUCUAAGUUAUUGCCAUUAUUUGUUAUCCUAGAGGAAAAAUAGAGAUGAAAUAUGUUUUUCAGUGAGAUAACAAAAAUAGUUAAAUGUUAUCUAUCUGGGAUUUAUUGACUUGAGAAGAAAAUACUGGACUCUAGGCAAGACCGAGAGCUAGGCUAGUACUGAGACUAUCAUGAUGCUCUGCAUACAGAGAUCAGUUCAUAAACGUUUGCCAAGGUAUUGCUUUCUGAUCUCUCCUUACUUAUUUACUAAAUUAAACCUUAAAAACAGGCAAAAACCUCUACCACUCUGAAAGACUAAAGAAACAAUCUGGCUCUUCUCAAAUGCAGCUAGAAUCUUAAUGCCUCAGACUCAUUUUGUUUCGUUAGCAGUCUAAGUGGAAUGCCACCUUGCUUCAUAUGCUUUUCUGCAGUUCUGGUCUUGAAUUACUGCAGUUAAUAAAAACAUGGAAAUUGCCAGUGUCUCGGACUACAAACAGUGAAGAGAGGCUGCUUUUUAACACAUGCCUAUUUAAAAUGACAGACUGUUGAUGUAAGCCAGGAUAACUGUUUAUUGAUCAGUUUGCCCAAGCUGAAAGCUGGAAUGCAAUCUUCCCUGGAUGAGAUGCACAUGUUCAUUGUUUCAUUUUUGUUGGAGAAAAAUGGUUUCUUCUGUAUUAAUAAUUUGUUAGGCCAUCUGCUUUCAUCUUGCACUAGGCUUGCUGCAAUUGAUUAUAUUUUGUCUUAACAUAACUUAUCUAUUUGGAGAUACAUUAGCCUUUGAAUGUUUGGAGUGCUGGUUAUUAAAAAUUUAGGUGGAAUGCCUAACAACUUCUCUUUUAAGUUGUUGAAAAAGCUCAGGACUGCAGUGUUAUUCCACUAUGCCUGUUUAGUGAAUGGAGCUCAUCAUAGAGGCUAGACUUUGAGAUGUUGCAAAACAAGUUUGUCAUGUAUGUAAAAAUGUGACGAGGUGCAUGUCCAGUCAUUGAUCCAGAGCAUUUUUAACUGACAAAAGAUGACUGUUCCAGCUUCUAAACAACAGCUUUUUUUUCCCAUGAACGUUAUAGUUCUGUACAAAUACAUAAUUUGAUAAAUGUUGGUUUGGGGCAACUUAAAUGUGCUGCCCAGGUGUUUGAGGAUACCUUCAUCUGAUCCUCUAAAUUACAACAGUCCCUUAGCCAACUUACCAGUCUCUUCAUCUGUGCUGUAGGUAGUGUUGUACUACACUUUACAAACAGGCUCAAGACUGGCGUACUAUAUGCCUAAGCAAGUGAAAUCUAGAAGCAUCUAGUGGUCAAACUACUGGAAAUUGUUAUAGGUGCUUUGAAAAGAUCUAAGACAACUCUGACAACUUUUGCAGUUACCAAGAAGGUGAAGAUCUUGUUUAGGUUAUUAAAUCCAUGUUGAAACAAAACAAAUCAUUGUGCUUCAAAUCCUUACUGUCAUGGUGAGAAGACCCUUCAAGAGCUAUGGGCUCAGACAGUUAAUAGUUUACAAAGAUAUUUUAGACAGACUUGAGUCUUUGGGUGUUGGUGUACAAAAUACCAAUUUAAUGCUACUAGACUGCUUAAGAAAGGUUAUUUACAUACUUGGGAAGAAAGGAAGAGGAGAGGAGACAAUGCCUGCUCACUGAUUUAGAAAUCUAAUCCUUUAACUUGGUUGAGAGAUGUGGGAUUCACUGGGAGCUGUGUGCAUUCAUGGUUAAAGCUUCAUUUUAAUUAUAAAUAACAAAAAUAGGCUGAAUAUUUUGAAUAGUUUUUAAGUUGCCCUGAACAAGAUUUUUUUGUUACAAUGCUAACACAAAAUUAUUUCAUAACAUUAGUUUCCUGUAUAGCAUAUUGACUAUUAGUCAGAAAAGGAAGCUUUAGCAGUGAUGAUUGAAUGACUUUCUUGUGAAACAGUCUUUAGAGUUUAUAAGGAUAGCGUAGUCUAUUUGUGGUGUGCUGUGUCAGCAGUCUGCAAAGACUGUCUUGGGAAUUGGAUGAUGUACAGGACAGAAGCUGUCUAAACUGUGUGUAGCCAGUCACCCUGUAGCAAACCUCGCUUAGGAGCCGCAAUAGCUACAUUGAAUUACAAAAUGUCAUCUCAAAAAUGAGGAGAACCUGAAUAAUUCACUGACUUAAACUUCUGCACUGGCUAUUUAUUUUCCUUAAAGCUUCAUGUGUUUCUCUCAAGCACUUUAAACCUCUAAAAAGAGAAUUUUAAGGUCAUGGACCCAAAAGAAAGACAAACUUUGUACAACUUUUUUAGCAGGAAGUUGUUUUACAAAGACCUGAGACUGUUCAUAUGCCACAAGUCAAGUUGCUUGAAGCAGGAGAAUUGUGUGUUUGGAAUUUAACUUACAAAAAAUCUGCACAAAGUUCUCUAAAGAAAAUGGUAGAAGUUUUAUGUUCACAUCACAGCUGUAGUGAUGGUAGGUGGCAGAAAACUUAGAGAAGUAAGAUGUUGGUGUUAAUUACCUAAGACAGAAAUACAGGUUUUAGUAUAUAAAAAAAAAGUCAUGCUAGCUAGUCCUAUUUAGAGUCAUAUGGCUUCAGCUUCUGAAAAGAAAUAUGUUUGAAACUACAUCUUUGUUUUUCAUACAAGAGUUCAGGUGCCAAAACGUUUCCCUAAAAUUAUUAGGCCUUCUGACACCAAUGUUUGUUUCUGAAAAAUAUCCCUUUUGAUAUGUUAGAGGUCUCAAAAGUUUGAAUGCAAACUCUUUCUUGGUCAGCUAGGAUCCAAAAUUUAUGACUUGAAAAAAUCAAACAAGCAUUGCCAAACUUUAUCCAUAAAGUGUCACAGGUAACAAAUCUUUCACGGGAUACAAGACUACCCUGAUACCCAGGAGUAAUGAUGAGCUUAGUCUCUGACAUGUCAAAAUUAUCCUAAGUCAGGAUUUUCUGGUUUUUUCCUGCCACGUCCCAAAUUCUUAAUUGAGUGUUGACAGUGUAAAUGCUAUAAGCAUCUGCUCAGAAAUACUUGAGGAAGUUCUAGUGGCAUAGCAUUAUUUGAUGCUUCCUAUUUUAUGUGGAAAGUCAAGGUAGUGGGCUGAUUUGUCCUGCUAAAAAAACUGGGACAGCAUUUGCUGAAACCAGCAAUUUCUCUAGAAUGAGAAUUCUCAUUCUAGAAUUAAGACUUCUUAAAAGAAACGUUUUCACUUUUCAGUCAUCCUGCAAGUUGGAGUUCUUAAUGUUUUCCGUAAACACUAACAGUUUUAUUCAAGAAGCUAGUGACUUUUGUAAAGAUACUCUUCUUUGAAGAAGGUUGGGUUUUAUUUUGCUUCAUUUCUGGUAGUAUUUUCACAUACCUGUUCACAAUCAAGCCAACUGCUACUUUUUGUCAAACGCUGAAGGAUACAGACCACUGCCAUGCUCUUCAUCUGUGUGAGUGUGAUACUCCACACAGCUGUUGCACUUGGAUAUGCUGUAACCCUGACACCUGGAUAGAUUCACUGCUAUUUUGCCUCACUUUUACUCAUGUUACAGAAUGUAUUUCCUAUUAAAACCAUUAUGCUUUCUUGACAAUUUGGUCUUUGUUUCCUUAUGGCCUUUAUCUGGGAAUAGGUGGCGAGUGUCUUUUUCUCUCCAAAGGUUCUAGAAGUAUCUGUCACAGCAGCAAAUAUUUGUAAACAAAGUGGUAAUUCACUAGUACAGCCUUAGCUGCUAUGUUGUCACAGCAGUGUCCUGAGACAAGUACUAAUACUGGUUCUUACCACAUAAGGCUAAAAGCAUGUUCACUUGGGAGAACAAAUUAUUGUGAAGGCUCUAGUAACAUAAUGUAAGCUCUUCUAUAUUUUAACUUCUUUUGUACUUCAUAUUUCUGAAUACUGCAUAUCCAAUAUGGAAAUUGUGACAAAGUUAAUUGUUUGAAGACACAGAAAUUAUUUGUAUUUCUGUAGCUGUAAACCACUCAAGUCUUCUUAGCAAUCUUCUCUCUUCUAUUCCCCACCCCCACUACAAUGAAGAAAAAUAUUAAAUCAUUCUGACGAUGUCUUCUGAACAAGAAACUUUGAAUUUGUCUAUUCAGGACACAAAAAUAACCUAAUAUGCCAUAGAGCUCUUGCAGUGUAGUAAGUGUUAGUCUGUAAAAUAAAGCAUGAAGGUUAACCUUUGUAUCAGCAGUUUUUGUCCCUCUUAAGAGUGUUCUGCCUUUCCAUUAUAGGAUUGGGUUAACCUAUUACAAAGGUUGAGAGGUCUGUGCCUUCUUAUUAUGUUAUCUCUUACUAAAACAAACUUAAGCCGCUCCAAGUUACAGAGCAUUUGCAGCACUGUAAACUGCACAAUUUACAACCAUUGCUUCACUGCAUGAAAUGUAGUUGGAUUACUAGUGUUGAAAUAUUGUAGUGAUGAAUUCCCAAGCUUAUGAAUGUUUUGAGACUUUUUUUUUUUCAGUCUUCUCUUGGGCUGGUCCUGAGAGUGUGUACAGGUUUGUCUGUAUUGUUGGAUUGUAGAUGCUAAUGAGGAAAACAAGGCUUUUGUGUUCUCCUUUGUUUGAGUUGUUGCACUCCCAUAUAGUGCAUAGAAUGCAAAGAAAGAAAUGUUCAUUUGGCAUAAUGUAAACAGCCUUUUCAGCCUAAGCAUUCAUAAUGAAAUUUUAUAGUGUAAUACCAUGCUAAAUCAUUACCAGUCUGAUGUAUUGUGCAAACAAAAGGUGUAAACAUUUUAUUAAUAAACAGCUUUGUUUAUAAA